AUGGAGAAAAACAGCGAGCAAAAGACGGAGGAGAAAGCUGGAACUAGUUUAUUUCACUAUUUGAAGGCUCGGAGGAAGGAUGUGGAAGAAGAUAUGAAGAUCGUGCUACAGCGGCUCAUCGUGAUCGCUCGGCUCCCCCACGACGAUCUGGCCGCUGACAGGACAGAACUGGGAGCUCAUUAUGAAAAACUCAACCUGAAGCUGAGCAAACAGUACUCGUGGGAUCACAUGACGGGUCUGCUGCUCAUCUAUCCGUCCUGUCUGCUUCAUGUCAUUGAAUCUUCCAGAGAGGUUCUGGUUGCAGUUUUAAAAGAUCUUACAGAGAUGCAACAACAGUCAGACGGUAUUGUGCUGGAAGCUGCGAAGGUUGUGUUCAUGGCAAACGACCCUGAGAGCCGGCUGUUCCAGCAGUGGAGCUGCAAGGUGCUGAACGCAGAUCAGCUGGACGGAGACCUGAAGGGAGCCGAGGAUGAGGAGGGAAACACGGAGAGCCUGGUCUGCUGCGUCCUGUCAGCGCUGCAGAACCUGAGCGAGCAGCUGGAAACAUCAAAGGCUCCUCCUGGGUCGGUUCUGGAUGAAACUCCGGAUCUGAUCGUCUCUCAGGAAAUCCUCAACCAGCUUCUGGCUCAAGAGGAUCUGCAGAGCCCCGAACAAUACCUGCAGGCCUACAACUCGCCCCUAAACAUCAGCAUGGACUUUGGUAAGAGGCACAUUUAG